UGGCCUGCAGAGAGCCCGCACUAUCUCUGCCGCUGCUACUGCUGCUGCCGCUGCUGCCGCCGCUACUGCUGCUGGCAGAGCUGCGGGGAGUGAGCAUCCCCGGUUCGGGAUACCCAGCUCCACCGCAUCUCCCUCGCGUCCUGGCCCACACGGACCUGCCCACCCCUGGGAACAAAAGCGGACCUGCUCGCCCUCUCCUGCAGCCGGAGGAUGAUUCGGGAGGGCUGAGCGGAGAGUGCGGUCUUCGGAGGCUGGAAGCUAUGUCCUUGGCUUCUCUCGAUGACGAUUCCUGACUCGUGGCCCUGGCAAUCUUUGGAAAACAUCAGCCACUUUCUUCAGUCCAGACCUCAGGACCCGCCUUUCCCCAGCAUCACCGCCACCCAGCCUGGACACAUUGACCAAACCGUUUUCUAGGACAUACCAUUCUGCAAGACAUGGUGGUGGUGAACGCUGACUCCAACUCUUCCUGACUGAGGGGCUCUGUUGCACAACUCAAAGAUGCCCUGGUUUGUGAGCUCCAGCACUUGGCCCACUUGUACGUUCUCUUCCUGAGGCCCCUCAGCGUUUCAUCUCGCUCUGCCAAUGCACUCGGAAGGAGUGAAUGACAUGUGCAGCUCGGGGCGUCAUUUCUGAAGGGAGGCGUGCUUCUCUGGGAGAGGAGUCCCCCAUGAGCCUGGCCGAGGCCCUGGAUCUGUGUGCAGUGGACUAAGGAUUUAGUAGGAUGUCAACUGAGACAGAACUUCAAGUAGCUGUGAAAACCAGCGCCAAGAAAGACUCCAGAAAGAAAGGUCAGGAUCGCAGCGAAGCCACUCUGAUAAAGAGGUUUAAAGGUGAAGGGGUCCGGUACAAGGCCAAACUGAUCGGGAUCGACGAGGUUUCAGCAGCUCGGGGAGACAAGUUAUGUCAAGAUUCCAUGAUGAAGCUCAAGGGCGUUGUGGCUGGCGCUCGUUCCAAAGGAGAACACAAACAGAAAAUCUUUUUAACCAUCUCCUUUGGAGGAAUCAAAAUCUUUGAUGAGAAGACAGGGGCCCUUCAGCAUCACCAUGCUGUUCACGAAAUUUCCUACAUUGCAAAGGACAUCACAGACCACCGGGCCUUUGGCUACGUGUGUGGGAAGGAAGGGAACCACAGAUUUGUGGCCAUAAAAACAGCCCAGGCGGCUGAACCUGUUAUUCUGGACUUGAGAGAUCUCUUUCAACUUAUUUACGAAUUGAAGCAAAGAGAAGAGUUGGAGAAAAAGGCACAAAAGGAUAAGCAGUGUGAACAAGCUGUGUAUCAGACAAUUCUGGAAGAGGAUGUUGAAGAUCCUGUGUACCAGUACAUUGUGUUUGAGGCUGGACACGAGCCAAUCCGUGACCCCGAAACGGAAGAAAACAUUUAUCAGGUUCCCACCAGCCAAAAGAAGGAAGGUGUUUAUGAUGUGCCAAAAAGUCAACCUGUAAGUAAUGGCCAGCCGAUGGAGGACUUUGAAGAACGCUUUGCUGCGGCCACCCCGGUAAGAGUGCAAGGGCCCUGUGAGCUGUUUCAUGUCAUUGCCCAUCGUUCAUUUCACGCUCAUAGUCAUGCCUUGUGCUUACAGAACAGAAACCUGCCUGCGGACAUUGAUGAGAUUCUUGAGGCAACGAAGGCUGUGACCCAAUUAGAACUUUUUGGGGACAUGUCCACCCCUCCUGAUAUAACCUCUCCCCCCACUCCUGCAACUCCAGGUGAUGCCUUUAUCCCUUCUUCAUCUCAGACACUUCCGGCGAGUGCAGACAUGUUUGGUUCUGUAUCUUUUGGCACUGCUGCUGUACCCUCAGGUUACGUUGCCAUGGGCGCCGUCCUCCCAUCCUUCUGGGGCCAGCAGCCCCUCGUCCAACAGCAGAUCGCCAUGGGUGCUCAGCCACCAGUCGCUCAGGUGAUGCCAGGGGCUCAGCCCAUCGCAUGGGGCCAGCCGGGUCUCUUCCCUGCCACUCAGCAGCCCUGGCCAGCUGUGGCCGGGCAGUUUCCGCCAGCCGCCUUCAUGCCCACACAAACUGUUAUGCCUUUGCCAGCCGCCAUGUUCCAAGGUCCCCUCACUCCCCUCGCAACCGUCCCAGCCACGGGUGACUCCGCCAAGUCAAGUCCACAGACCGACAAGCCCAGACAGAAAAUGGGGAAAGAAAUGUUUAAGGAUUUCCAGAUGGCCCAGCCUCCACCCGUGCCCUCCCGCAAACCCGACCAACCCUCCCUCACCUGUACCUCAGAGGCCUUCUCCAGUUACUUCAGCAAAGUUGGGGUGGCACAGGAUACAGAUGACUGUGAUGACUUUGACAUCUCCCAGUUGAAUUUGACCCCUGUGACGUCUACCACACCAUCAACCAACUCACCUCCAACGCCAGCCCCUAGACAGAGCUCUCCGUCCAAGUCAUCUGCAUCCCACGCCAGUGACCCUACCACAGAUGACAUCUUCGAAGAGGGCUUUGAAAGUCCCAGCAAAAGCGAAGAGCAAGAAGCUCCCGAUGGAUCACAGGCCUCAUCCAACAGUGAUCCAUUUGGGGAGCCCAGUGGGGAGCCCAGUGCUGAUAAUAUAAGUCCACAGGCCGGUAGCUAGAUAGCACAGGUCUGGGAGCUGGAGCCUCUCUAUGCGCAGAUCCACAGACCUAAGAAAUAGCAUCAAUGCGGGCUCGUGGCGGGUGCUUCUUCAAGACUAGCAUGGAAAUCAGCAUCGCGACAGGCUCUUAUAGUCUUUCACCUCACUUCAUCCCACAAAGAAAUUCAUAAUUGCCCAAUGGAACUUGUUUGGAGGAAGGAACUAAGAGUUUUGGGAAACCAACAGCAGAUACCUAUGGCAGCACAACAAAACAAGGACA